CCGUGUAUCCCAAUCAAUAUGUUAUUGGCCAGUUGUAGACAAGGCACUGGGUCUUAAGCCUUGUGGAGACUAUCAUUUUACGAACGUGACAAGAAUGAGCAACGCGCCUUAUUUUCUUUUAGCUGGCCCAGCUGGCUUCAGAUGGUAUCUCAACAAAUCUGAUCCAACCGCUAAAAUUUACUUGUUCGAGUAUAAAAAAACACAAGCCAACAACGGCACUGUUUACUCGAUGGUUAUGGACACGCCCGGCUCCUCGUUAAAAAGGCUGGUGUCUGCGAAUUUGAUUCUGGCCAAACGGAACAUCACCAUGCUGAUUAAAUCAUCGGACGGCGCCUUAAUGGCCAGGGCCAAAUAUAAGAACACCGAAGACGAAACGUUGCUCGAGCUCACGCUCGAUAUUAACAAUCAGAAGCAUUUUGAUGCUAGUUUUUCAAUCAACAGGGAGCCGAGCCCCAAUGGGUUUAAGUACUUGCCCAGGGUUUAUUUGGGGGUCAACAAUGAACGGGUCGUAGACUUACAAGGCCACGUGACUUUAACGAGUAAAAAUGGCAUAGCUCAAUACUAUGUUAAUUUGAAGUUCCAAACUAAACGGCUAAGAUCGAAACUAAUUGGUUACAUUACGAGGAAAGAGUCCUCGUUAGCCAUACAAAUGCAUCUGGAUUAUAAAUUUCAGAACUCCAAGGAGCAUCGGCUUGUUUUGUAUUAUUAUCUGGCCAACAACUCCAAGAAUAAUAUGGUCGUGUUAAGGGGUAGUUGCAACUUAAACAGCACCGCAUAUCCGGAGUUCAACUUCGACACAAACGUCACAUUCUUCAGGACGGACGCCAGGAUGGACCUGAACGUGACCUUGAACCAGAACCCACUAACCAUAGGACACCCGGACGCCGAUAGGCAAACUUUAACAUUUUUAUUCACGCUCUCCCACAAAUUCCUGGACAAUAGGAACAUGAUAAGCUCGCAAGUUGCCGUGGCCAGACCCUCGAACAACCUAAACAUCAACGGCAUGCUGAAUUAUGAACACAUCAGGGACGAUAUUAACUGUAAACUGUCUGUUACAUCGAACGGAAAAGAAGUCGGGUUUAAUGUGUUCUGGUCGCACCCGCGCACAACAUUGGAAAAGAUCAAGCUGCACACGAACGUAACGAUCCCCUCGUUCCGGCCGAUGAUUCUGAUAUUGGAAAUCGAGGAGAAACAAGCGAAGAAUUAUAUGUUCGACAUCAAAGGCACGUGGUUUAGCGGCGACACAGUCACCGUUAAUGGCAUAUACCAAGACAGGAGCACAAUUGAGGAAGAUCACCAUUUGAAGCUGACCAUUAAGUCGCCGCAAAUUAACGAGCUGGACGUUCACUUGAAUUACUUCAAAAACACCACGUUGUGGCUGUUCGACCUCAAGGGCAACAAAAGCGAGUACAUUCUGUACUUGGAGAGGAACACGGCACGGGAAUCGAUAACCAACGCGAUCGUAAAGUACAAGAAGAAACUGUACACGUUGAACAGCUCGGUGGAGAACCGGAACGAUUACCGAAAGGCGGAGGUGUCUUUGAAAAUUGACCAAUUACGAGAUAUUCACUUUUUGCUUUCCGUCUAUAACCGCCAGACUUACAAAGCGUUUGAAUUUGAUUUGAAAUGGGACGCAAACAGAGAUCCGACGCAAAAACUGUUAUUUACAUCUAAUUUUUCACAAAUCGCCAAAUUUAAUCAGAACGCCAACUUUUAUAUCAGCUAUCCUGGACGAACGGUCGUUGGAAAAUACGAGUUCCUGCUUGAAAGAAACAAAAUUGACACGUUGGCGAGUAUAUCGUGGGACGACGACAGGACUUUAGGGUUGGAUUUCUUAGCGACGGUGGAGACCAAGAACCGUCUGGCUUUGGAUCUGAACAUGCAAAUCAAUACGCCAUUCGAAUCGUGGCGGGUGAUGAAGAUAACUGGCAGGUUCGACCACUUGAAGGAUAUGUACGCGUUGCGGGGUGGAGUGACGUGGGACCACAGGCAAAGGAUCCUGCUGGACUUUUACGGUGAUAGAUUAAUCACCACCAAAGACGCGAAUUACGAUUAUAAAUUUAACCUGAACAGCACUCUCCACAAUAUACCGAGCAUUGCUGCUAAGGUCAUACAUUACCAAAAUUCUUCAUCAUUUAACUCCAAUUUGCAUUUUAUGUACAAUCCGGAGAACAAAAUCGACGUCGACAGCAAAUGGAAAAUUAUUAAAGAAGGUACCCACACAAAUCUAACCGGAUAUGUGUUUUUAAAAACACCCUUCAAGGGACUGAAUCGGGGUGUUUUGAUCAGCAAAAUUUUCCUAAACGGCCAGAAAUACAUAAGGGGCGUUGCGGAGUUGGAUUUGGACAAUAAACGGAUUUUUGGUAAUUUAGAGGGCCAAUUCAAAAAAUUAACCAACAGCAUGCUCAUCAUCAACGUGACUUCGGACGAGGAGGUCUACCAGGGGAGGUUCAUCUUGUCCGAAGAAAGAAGGCAUGUGGCGGCUCAACUGAUAUACCCCAACGGCAGUUUGGGAACCGAAAUAUUAUUUUCGAUGCAAACUUUCAGCGAUUUUGAUAUCAAGUUCAUUCUGGACACUCCCAUCAGUUUUCUCACGCACGUUGUUGCUGUUGCCAGAUUAAAACCGGGGGAUGCAGAUUUUCGUCUCGGCUGGAACUUUCUAUUGGUAGGAUUCUCAGGAGUUUGGCAUUAUGCUAAUGUAACUGACUUCGAAUACGCAUAUAAGAUUUACACUCCUAUAGAAGAUUUCGAAGAAAACGGUGUAGUUGGUAAACUUAUAUUCAAAGAAGGUUUAGACUUUGAAGUUUCUAUUAAGUUAUCUAAGUACAAGUUGGGACUGAAACUGGUGGGCAAACCGAAGCCGAAGCUGCUGGAAGACAUGAACAUCAAAAAACAAGAAAUUUACGGACUGCCAGACAAUGAAACGAUCAAUUGGGAGGGCCUAAUUGAAAUAGACGUCAUUACAUAUCCAACUAUGACCGGCAAGUUGGAAAUUGAUCAAAACGGCCACGAUUACACACUACAAGCCAAACUAAUUCUACCUGCAGGAGCAGCCAGAUUAAUCGACGUCUUUACAUUUUAUGAUAUUAUGCGACUGCAUAACAAGUUACAAAUAGAAACUCCGUACGAGACAUUCCGUACAAUUUCCUCGGACUUGGAACUUCACAUUGUACCAAACUACAUCUACUUACUGGACGCCAACUUCAAUUACCAAAACAAAAGCAAAUUAAUCGAGACGGCCGUUUUUGCCAAAUACAAGUCAGACAACAAGGAGCAACAGGACAGCAAAUACAACGCGACAUUGAGCGUCGUGACGCCGUUCGAAGCUUUGCCGAAGCUGCGCGUCUCCGCCAACUACGAGACCGAAUUGAACUUUUACAGGGGCCGAAUUUCGGCGACCACCAACAAGAACGCUUUCGAUUUGAAUGUGUCCUACGAGAUUAAGGGACAAGUAAACGAAUUCAACGGGGAUAUUACCGUUCAAACACCCUCCAUCUCUGUGCCUCCCUAUUAUGUUACAGUUGUCACUCAUUUCACGGACAAAGGCAACACCCUCAUGUCCAAAAUUAAUUGUCCUGAUCAAAACCUAGAUAUUUAUGUGAAGUCCUGGUGGGAGAUAAUAUCGAAGAAUGUGUUCGGCUGGUCGGUGGAGAUCGAGUCGUCACUCUCCGGCCUGGAAAAAAUGGAUGCCAACCUCCACGUUGACAUAGGACGUAAGAAGAGCCACGUACUGGCGGGAUUGAGUUUGAAUCCGUUCGUCGUUGACAUUUCCUCCCACAUAAUCGAAAACACUCUUAAUUUCAAUUCGACGCUGGAGAUCAACAAAAAAAGGAUUCCCAUUGUGGCUAAUUGUCAGUUGACACCGCGGGACGAAGACACGUCGAUUAUAAACGGAGAUUUACAAUUAAAAGACAAAACGUUCAAAAUAAAUGGCAUCGUCCACUUUCAAUCCCAAAUUCCUGUUAAUGUAUCGAUUCAAUUUGACCCGUUGGAUAAAACAGACAGUACGCGAGAUUCUGACAAGUUGACUGAAUUUAAUUUAUUUGCAACAGGGAACAACACAUUCAAUUGGGAAUUUCAGCUAAAGAUGAAAAUCCCCAAAAAGCGUGAGAUCACCAUGUAUUCGAAGGCGUACGGGACGGAGAACAAUAAACGCCUAGAAGUUAAUGUAACAACUCCCAUCCCGAAUCUGGAGAACCCGAGAUUCGGAUUGUCACUUAUAACUAACGGCUUGAAAAAGACGGUUAAUGGCUUCUUCGAAUUAGAGAAAUCAAAGGGGGACAUGCAUAUUAAUGUUAUUUGGGUGUUUUUGGAGAACAUGAUGAUCAAAGCGGCCGGACACUUCGAAAAUAAACAAAUUAAAACCGACUCCUACAUAGAGGCUUUCUACAAUAAUCCGAGGAAGGAGUACAAGUACUUAGAAAUUGGCACCGAUGUUAAUAUUGAUCAAUUGUGGGAGGGUGGAUCAAAUAUAACAUUAACCUUACCUACCGGCAAAAGUAUGGCACUCGAGGCUCACGUCAAACUGCCAAACAAUAAGAAGGACAUUCAUAGCAUAUCCGGUAACUUGAGCUAUGGAAGAAAAUUAAAAACUAUUUAUUAUCAGGCGAGAUAUAGUACGUCCGAGACCCAAAAGAGAUAUGGAUCAUCAGGACAAGUAAAUGUGGCAAACGAUGAAGACAUGAAGGGCGACAUUGAAAUAGAGUGGAACGGCAAAACGUUCAAAAACUUCGCUAAUUUAAAACGACCGAAAGACGUUGUGGAUUUAAUUUACAAAUUAAAAACACCAAAAUACCCCGAUCAACAUCUCUUUGUUGCCCUUAUCAAUUUCAAGAAGCUAACUGAUCGCUAUAAUAUAAGUGGAGAAGCGUAUUAUCCUGAAAAAACAUCGGUCGCUUACGGAACGGUAAAUUACAAAGAAUUAGGGAAUAUGAACGGUAUGUUUAAUAUAACAGUGCCGUACAAACGUAUUAACUUCACGGGUGCCUAUUUUAAUACUUUAACUAACGAUAAUGCGUAUAAUCGAUAUGUAAAAGUAUUUUGGAAUAAUGAGUCAGCAACUUUGGACGGCAUCUGUAACAUCAUGAGAGGACGGGAGGCAUCGGAAAGUAUUACCGAAGGGAAACUGAAUGUAACUUUGCCUUUGGCCACAACGCACAGGGUCGACGUGGAUUUCAAAUACGACAAAAAGGAAAAAUUAAGAGUCGGCGUGGCGAACAUAAAUUACAACAAAGAGAAAGUGUUGCUGGCGAAAUAUAAGUGUCUUGUGGAGAGACGUGAAAAUUUUAAUAAGAAAACAAUCCACGUAGAAUUAGAAAACGACAUGGUCCCAGUUGGAGCUGACUACGUUCACGGAACGGAAUAUAGCGCGGGAAGAGAGGCAGGAGUGGCAAGAAAGGCAACGAGGGAUCGCUUCAAUGCUCCUACUGUGGUGGAUGACAGCAAAUAUUUGCAUUUGUACCAUUUGAAGAACGCAUCGAAAUUUAAUGUGACCGGAGCAUUGGACGUAUCGACAAGUCCCACCGGUCAAAAGUACAUUGGCUCGGCGACUCAUUUAAACCGUACGGUUAAAUUAUGGAUGGAUUACGAUGUAUUAAGCAAACAAUACAAACAGCAUUCGCGUCUUGAAUUAAGUCCCACUAUUUGGAUAGAGUACGAUUUAGACCUUCGUAACGGAACUGUGGAUGAAACGUUCGACGCUCAACAAAUACAGAUCAACGUCUCCUAUCCUCGUAGAAAUUUCACGGCGCAGAGCUUUUAUAACAUAAGUGAUUCGAUUGUAUCUACUGACGUAUCUCUUGUGUGGGACAAAGACAACAAAAGAGUACAGGCAGGGUUGGACUGGAUGAGACUCUCGCCCUACAGGGACCAAAUUGAGCUCUUAUUAAAACAUCCUUCUUUCCAAAGGGACGUGUCAUUUUUCAGCGAGUACGGCUACAACGACACAUCAAUAGAUGUUGCUUUAACUGUGAACUACUCGGAAAACCCUGACCAAACAGUUACGAUGAAAGGAACUUUGAGCGAUCAUUCAAAUAGUUUUACAUCCAAUUAUACGUAUCUAUUAGAGGCUGAACAUAAUGCAACUUCGUUGUCUCUAAGAAGCUUUGGCGAUUUGUAUUGGAACAACGAUGGAUAUGGCACCGAACACAUAACACACUAUAAAAGGUCUUAUUUACCUUUGAGCACAGCUGAAACUUUCGCCAGAGUUAACUUAACUGAAAACACUAUCGAGCUAAAGAACCAGAACAUCGUAGCUGGAUUGUCUUAUUUAUGGGGUAGAUAUGGCGGAAACUUUCCUGUUUAUACUGCGAACAUAUCUGCCACACACGGGAUUAACGACACUUCCGGAGAGUUUCACCUCAAUUUAAGAAAAAAGUUACUUUAUCUAGAUCUUAAUAUGACUAAAGACGGUACACAAAGCCUUCAUGUACAUGGUUUAAUUCCGGACGCCAGAAGCGCAGCAUUUGACAUUUGGCGUGAUUACGAGGACAUUAGGGUGUCAGAUAUAUCUUAUUACCUACGACUGAAUCAUUCCAGAUUAAUCACGUCCAGUUUGUUAUGGAGAAGGGAUGUUGUCUCCGACGUUCAGAGUGUUAUUAGAAACGGCGUGGGAUCAUUCUACAAUGAUUCAUUGAAAGCAAUUAACGAAACUCAACAAUACGUGAUUGCCGAAAGUAUGGAAGCUAUGCAUGACAUUUGGAACGACGCUAAGCCUCUUGUAGAUGAGUUCCUUAAUGAUCUAAGGCAUUUGAGCGUGAUUGAGGAGGACAUCGAGGUGUUCAGGCGGUUCUUGAACGUGUCCUACGAAGCGAACGCGUUUUACAUGAAAGACAUUGCCGGAAUAAUUAACACGCUUUUUGACGAAUCAUCGCUGAAAGCCCAUUUAUCAUCUCUGCCGAAAAUCGUCCAGGAAAUAUGGCAAGUAAUGGGAUCAUCCGCUGAAAAAAUUAAUAAAGCCAUAAGGUGGGCUAUGGAAAUGCUUAACAGUUAUUACAAGAAUACCCACGAAUUUAUACACAAGCUUAUGUAUGGGGAUCCGAUUAAGCAUUUAACUGAUCUUUUGAAGGAAAUCGUCGAGAAAUACGAUGAGUACAUCAAGAGUGUGCACGUGGCGGUGCUCCAGUACAUGGAAAAGCUGUGGAUUCAAACUUAUUCGUUAAUUGUCGAUAACUGGCACAAAACGCUCGCUGCACUCGAGCCUACGUUCAUUAAAUUUUUGCAUUAUUUAGAGACAAUUGUGUGGAACACGAGCAAGGAAUUUUUGGAUUUCCUCUACAUCCGUAAAAACGAAAUAAUAGUGAACCCUUACUUCGCCAAGUUCUCUAAUUUUACACACGACCUUGAUAAAUUUUACAAGGAUAUUACCGGAAACAACACAAUUUCGAGUGUUUAUAAAUACAGCAAGAUCGCCUGGAACUUUCUGAAAGAAAAAUAUUUAAACAACGUGCCAUUCGCCAAAGAAGUGGAAUCAAUAAUUAACGAAAUAAUCUCGGAAAUCUCCGAACUACAAAAUAUACCGACAAUAAAGUACUUCAUGAACAAAUGCAAUGAAUCAUACGAAUUCAUUAAAUUCUACUAUGAAUACUUUAUAGUCGAAACAAACUUCCAGUACGUUUUAACCACUGUUUAUGCCAAGCUCACAGAUAAAACACCGACGGCUUUAGAAACUGACAACAGGCUGCGAGCAGCUAAAACUAAGUUUAUAUUUGACCCAAACGAAGGUAUAAUGCUGUUAGAACAAAAAUUACCCAUGUCUUGGCAUGCUUUUAAUGAAACUCCACGUUAUCAGGAAAUACCGGAAAUAAAGGCCAUUUACGGAUUAAAGGACUAUUUCGCCACAUCGCAAAUAUCAUUUUGGAAUUUGUAUAAUAAAUUCCAGCAACUCUCCAACCCCGCUGAUUGGCUUCCUCCGUUUAAAGGACAGGCGAUGCUUAUUGGAAGCAAAUAUUACGUUACGUUUGACAGGAAAUAUUACGAUUUCCAGGGUGGCUGCACCUAUCUUCUAGCGACAGAUUUCCGAGAUCGGAAUUUCACUUUGCUCGCCUCUUACGAUGUCACCGGUCAAUCCAAUGAACUCGUACUUAUCGUUAAUAACACUGUUGUCCACAUUGAUGUCUUCAAGAACAUCGUGAAAGUAGGCAAUUCGGAGUAUCUGCCGGUAGAGAUCGGAAAUACCUACGUAUAUAGGGAUGCUGACAUGGUAACUGUCGAUAGUCCAUUAGGGUUCUUACUAAAAUGCAAUAUGAAAUUUCAUAUUUGCAAUUUAGAAUUAUCGGGAUGGUAUUUCGGAAAGACAGGAGGAUUAAUGGGAACAUUAAACAACGAGCCUUCCGACGAUUUCCUGCAAUCGACUAAAAUAAAAGCAAACCAGACUAAUAUCGAAAGUUUUGCUAAUAGUUGGUCCAUAAAACACAAUUGUCCGACGAAAAAACCAACCAGGAAACGUAAAACGCAAGUGAAGCCCGCGAUCAAAAAACUCUGCGACGAAUUCUACACGAGUGACAUGUCAGAUUUGGCGGAUUGUUUUUCGAAAGUGCCCAAGGCGCCAUUUAUGCAGAUGUGUUUGAACGGUGCAACGGAAGAGGAAGCCUGCACCUCUGCAGUCGCCUACAUUGAAUUAUGUUUGUAUCAGGAUACACCGUUGCGAAUUCCGGACGUUUGUGUCAAAUGCAAGCUCCUAAACGGCACGGAAAUUGAGGAGGGCAAAAGCAUCCGACUGUCGCAAAGCCAGCUACCGGAGACGGCGGACGUGGUGUUCAUAGUGGAGGCCAAGCCCUGCAACACCAACGUGAGGAGGACGAAAAACAUGGACAUCGUGCUGGACUCCAUAAACAAGGAGCUGAUCGGUCGGAACUUCACCGACAACAAAUUCGGCGUCGUGGUCUUUGGAGGCAGUGGUGUGUACCGGGAACCUCGCAGCGUGGUCGUUAACGGCAACAUCUUUUCGCCGGCCAAGGAUGCCGGCAGGCACUUCGACAGGAUUCCCAUCAGUGGCGGAAACGUGGACGUUUUCGAGGCUGUGAUGUUCGCCCAACAAUUAGUAUUCCGUCCCGGAGCCGCGAAGAUUUUCAUACUUAUGCCGUGCAGCAAAUGCGACGAGAACAAAAUGGAGUAUGAUUAUUCGACUGUCCAGUCGCAGUUGUUCGAGAGCUCCAUCGCUUUGCAUAUUUUGAUGCACGCCGAAUUUUCCCAGCACAGGGACAGGGAUAAUAAAGUAUACGGUUUGGACAGCGAAGCGGUCUACACGAAGAAAGAUUUGGAGGGUAACCGCAAUUUGAAAAAGUACGUGGACCCGCCGAAAUCCAUUUUGGGGGUUUGCGUGGCUCUGGCAAACGAGAUGAAAGGUGCGAUAUUCUCGACGAAACCGCUGGUUUCCGGUGAAAAACAAGCGAGAAAAUUGUCCGGCGUUUUUGCAAAGCGCGUAGCUCAAUCGGCCACGCCGAAAAGCUGUUUGGACUGCGAAUGUACCGCGUCCAACUCAGGUGUUUCAUACAUGGAGUGCAAUUCGUGCAGGGGAUAUAUAUAGGACACGCAUGAUGAACCAGGACCGUGCGCCAGGAUUUCAAAAAGGAUGUAAAUAAAUAGAUUGCGACGUUCUAAACACUUAUAUUUGAGUUCAGAGUUUAUAAUGUAUGUAUUUUAAUAUUUCAUAAAUUAUAAAGUGAUUAAAAUUGAUUUUAUGUUUUUAUGUACUUCAUGUGGAUGGGUUAUUUAUUUAUUAUUUACUUGGUCAUGCCAGUUAGAUUUGUAAGUUGAAAGUUAAUUAUAAGUAAAGUUUGUUUUGAAACAAUAGAGGCCCCGUCAAUCCGGGUUAAAACAUAAUUUGCCAGCAAUGUAAAUCAAAAUAUGUACCGGAAAUUUUCGAGUAACAUAUAAAUAAACGUGGCAAGGCUAAUGUAGUAGGUACAACAAAUAUAGGGGGUGGCUAGUGUUUGUUGUUCAUGUAUAAAGUACAGUUGGUUUAUGUAAUAAUGUACGUACGCGUAUGAACAGUCAACCGAGUUCAACCCUUUUUACAUGUUUCAUUACGCUCAACUCUCAAAAGAUUUAUGCUAAAAUAUUAAUACGAUUUUCCAGCUUGUUUUGUAGUUCAUCACACACUUUUAUCCGUUAACAUACGUCUCUAUUAAAUAAUCCUAAUUUAUUCUAUGUAUAAUUAUGUUAAAUAAAUAUUUUUUAAUAUACUA